CUCGUUCACGACCGACACAUCACUAGUGAAUUAAGUUUUUUUCCGCUCUGCUGACGAACCUCUGCCAGCUGUCAGCGAGCCUCCAGCCUCCUGCUUUCUGCUUCAUAUCUGACCCACUGUCUUGCUUCUGUCAGGCAGCAUGGGUCGUGGUUACAUAGUAGAAGAUGCCGUGGAGGGAUAUUUGUCUAAUCUGUGUGAACAACAAGCAGCUCCAGUCACGGGCCUGCUCAUUGGACAGAGCUCGGCCCAAAGGGAUUUUGUCGUCAUGGCAACUCGGACACCUCAAAGGGAGGAGUCUACUUCAGCAUUGGACAAGGAGUGGGUGACUGAGCAUGCUCGACAGGUGUCCCGGAUGCUGCCUGGGGGCCUGUCUGUAUUGGGUGUCUUCAUUAUCACUGAUGCUGAUGCCAAGGACACACUAACCACACUACGACAGCUGGUUUUUGCGGUGGAGAACCUGAUCUCCUCGGACAAUCUGUGGAGCCCAGCAGAUGACGACAUCACAGACUGCGUCACACUGCACGUCAACCCCAAAACCAGGAAAACCGUCUGCAGAACGUUUGACGUCAAAGAUCCAAAGAGCAUGGCCAAGCCUGCAGACUGGAAGUACCAGUUAGGUGUGUGUUCCUCCUGGAGCAUGGUGUCCUGCUGUUUAAAUGUAGACAUGUUGGUACCGCUACCAGACAACAGAGCCAGCACAGAAAACAUGGAUAAAUGUCUAAAGGAGGGACUCAAAGUGUGGACACACCAGAUUGAGAGUGGAGUUUGUCUGAUCGAUGGAAAAAAGCUGCCAGACGACACGGAUCUCACAUCCGGACAGAAGAGGAAUGUGAGACAGACAUACACAGCUCAGCUGCUCAUCACACCGGAUGACCAGAGGUUACCAGAUGUGGUCCAGCGGUGUGGAGGCAGUGUGUCAGUCAGAGGGGCGAUCCACAGCAGAGCUUACCUGCACAGCAACAAACCAAAGGCCAGACUGGCCGAAAAGCUGCUGAAGAGGGACGUGGUUUCUACGGUGGCCACAAGGGUUCAGAUGAUGCUGGAGGAGCUGCUGAUAUCAGAGGAGGAGGGCAAAGGCAGCAAAGACAAACAACAGACCGAGCAAUUCUGCCUCCCUCGACGCAUCUUCUGUCCAGUAAAAGUGAGCGGGCCGGUGUGUGUGUGUGACUACCAGUUCAGUGACGAGGGCCAGUCCGAGGUGACUGACAGAUUGAAGGAGAUGCUGGACAUGGACGCAGCCGAGGAAGACUUGGAUACCAGGCAGGAAACGCCUGCUGAAAUUCUAGAGAAAGUUGUUGAAGCAGAGCCCACUGUGGAAGCUGUUGAAGCAUUGGAGCCCAAGAGGAACAACUACAUUGGUGUUGCCAUGGCUACUGCUGUCGCCCUACUUGCCACUGCUGCCUCAAUGCUCUAUCUCAACGAUGUUUAAUACACUCACACAUGCACACACCAAAUAAAGUGUUUCUAACUUUUCA